UUUCUACUAGCAUAAAACAUUCUCGCAUAACACGCGGUUUGAAAUUAUAUUACAGUAAUAAUUAUAUUAAAAGUUAUUGAUUGUAAAUAAAGUGAAUUGCAGCGUCUUCACGAAUUGACGAAUAUUCAACAAGAAUAUUGAAAGCCCUUCAAACCUUCAUUUAUCAAACCCCUCAGUGAAGCGCCAAUAACGCCGAGAGGUUUACCAAGAAGUUUUUACUAGUGCGCAGUAUAUAAAAGCUACAAAUAUGACUGAAGAAGUUAACCCCAAAGCGUACCCCCUCGCUGAUGCCGCUUUGACCACCAAGAUUUUGAACUUAGUUCAGCAAGCCAUGAACUACAAACAGCUCCGUAAAGGGGCUAAUGAAGCCACAAAGACACUGAAUAGAGGUCUUUCGGAAUUCAUAGUGAUGACUGCUGAUGCUGAGCCAUUGGAGAUUUUACUUCAUUUGCCCUUGCUAUGUGAAGAUAAAAACGUACCUUAUGUAUUUAUUCGUUCCAAACAAGCUUUGGGUCGUGCUUGUGGUGUCUCUCGGCCUGUUAUAGCUUGCUCGGUUACUGCUAAUGAAGGUUCUCAAUUGAAGCCACAAAUCAUAAGCAUCCAACAAGAAAUUGAGCGAUUACUUGUGUAGAAAUAUUUUAUAUAAAAUGACUUUAUGAA